AUGACGGCCGCGCAGCAGAGCGUUGGGGAUCCCAUCAACGACUUCUGUCGGCGUCAUCAGCAUCAAACAUGCAUAAUCGACUCAAAGUUAUACAUAGAUGGCGGGAGAGUAUACUAUGGAGGAUCCGUGGAUAACGGCAGUGUCGCUGAGCAAAAUACUCGAUUACUUUGGGAGAACGUUUUGGACACCAAAAAUGACUACAAGUUCCCGGUUCAAUACAGCAAUUUGACCAAGGAUCCAGAGGUACCUUCCGUAAGCGGAGGGGUGCUGUGGCCUGACACUACCAACAAAUUGUUCUACUUGUUUGGUGGUGAGUACGACAAUGCAAACGACGUACAGUCCUUCACCACGCUGUGGCUCUACGACGUUAUCUACAACACCUGGAAUCGCUCAGGGGCUUCUGAUGGCUCCCUGACUGGUAUAAAGUGGCCGACAUUGGGCGCUGGUGCCGUCACGGAUACAGGAACAGCGUAUCACUAUGGCGGAUACCUGACCAACCUAUCCAUGCCGAAGUGGAAUGGUGAUCGUCUGAUGUUGAGUUCACUGACCUCCUUCAAUAUGAACACUCGAAGCUGGCAGAACAACACAUAUGAUCAGACACCUCGAGCUGAAGGAUCGCUGCAUUUCAUUCCGGCUUCAGAUGCAGGGAUGCUUGUCUACUUCGGAGGUCUAGAGACGAACAACGGCGUGACCAGCUACGCAAACAUGAGCAACAUCCAGCUGUUUGAUAUUGCUAACAAUAGGUGGUUCACUCAAACAGCUACUGGAGACGUUCCUUCACCAAGACGCGGCUCUUGUGCAGGCGUCAUCUGGGCAAAAGACAAGUCUUCAUACAACUUCUAUGUUUACGGCGGAAUUACCUCGAACGAGAAAGCAGUUGACGAAUUGUACAUACUCACUCUGCCCUCAUUCCAGUGGACCUUGGCAUACCCGGCAUCUGUUCCAAACUACUUUGGAGGUAAAGGAUGGAUGUCCUGCGACGUAAUCCGAGAGUCACAGAUGCUCGUCAUCGGCGGCCAAAUUCCGAAUGCCUCAUUAACAGAAUGCGAUGUCCCAAAGAUUGGUGGGCAGCACGGUCUUCUACUUGGACAGGAGGCUACCGAGCAGGGGGUUUGGUGGCAUGCGAUUCAGGACAACACAACGGGGUAUAGGGUGCCCGAUAAAAUUGUCGCUCUCGUCGGUGGCGAUACCGAUGGGCAUGCCACAGCAACAGCACCAGCGCAAGGCUUUGCAGUACGGGACUUAUCUGUGUACUUCAGAACGACAGCCUCCGCAGCACCACGAACUGCAUCAAGGGCCAUACCAGCAACAUCGACGGCAAAUCCAACAAGCCAACCAAAGCCCAAAUCGAAUACUGGCGCCAUAGCAGGCGGAGUCGUUGGUGGAGUAGUCGGCUUAGCCGCUAUCGUUGCCAUAGUCUUCUUUUGCCUCCGCCGCAGACGUCGCAGCAAGCAAGCCGAGCCCAACCGAGUCGAACUGGCACACAACCCAACAGUCGGCCCGCAUAGCCCUGCAAUGACACAGAAGAUGGGUGCGAAUUAUUCUGUACAUGGCAGUUCUAUGCAUUCACCUUUGGUGGAAGCACCUGCGUUCUCGCCGCAAGGUUCCCCACCACCCAAUCCCUGGAACGGCGAGCAAGCCAACUACUACCAAGGAAUGUCGCCACAUCAACAGGGUGGGUACAACCAACCGCAGCCAUACUAUCCCCCACCUCCUGAGCCUUCUCAGUCUCCUGGCAAACAGCAAAGCCCGCAGGAUGUGAGUCAUGAGCUGCCGAGUACUGGAACUCCAGCCAUUUCCGAGCUACCACAGCUUAGGAGUCCGAUACCAAAACGAUCAGGCCUAUAG